AUGGAACAAAUCUCUCUUAUAAAUCUACCAACGGAAAUUAUUCACCAUAUUUUGGAUUAUUGUGAUACUAAAACGAUUCUCUUAAAUAUUCGUUGUGUUUGCAAAACAUUGAAUGACAUUGAUAACAAUUACGAUAGAAUUCCAUUGAUAAUUGAUAUAAAUUCAAUGAAUAAUUUGGAAGACAUUUCUCAUACGAUUAAACUAGAACAAGUGACUUCACUUACGAUUACCAAUAAUAUUCGACCAGAGGAAAAAUUACCUCUUUUGUUACCCGAUAGUUUAAAAUUUACUCGACUUCGUUUGUUAACUAUCGAAAGAGCACGAGAUGAACAAUUGAAGUAUCUUUUAAGAAGUUUAAAUACUAAUUCUUUCGUUUCCCUCUCAAUCGAAUUGAACACUCAUAAAUUUAAUCAAAUAUGGCCUACUAUUUCCGAUGCACUUAUUCAAUGGAAUCUUCGAGCAUUCUCUGUUAAUAAUACAUAUCUCAUGAAAGAUCGUAUACUACGGAGUUCAUCAAUGCAUGGUUCUGACCGUAAAAAAUAUCUGGUUUUACAAAAGUUACCAAAUUUACAGACAUUAGUUAUGCAAAACUGCAUUAUAGAUGAAAAGAUCAUACCUAACAAGUCAUGUAAAUUCGAAUCAAAUCUUAUGUUUAAAUGUAUAACUUUGAUAAACUGUAUAUUUACUUGUGAGCAUUUUGAAAGAUUAUUUUCCCCAAUAUUUCGUCAUUCGUACGAGUUAAGUCAACAGCUGUGCUGGCUACUUAUUCAUAUAAACCCAUAUUUUUCAAGAUCUUCUGUUUUAUUUUGCGAAUAA